AUGCGUUGCCACUGGUUAUGUCUACUAUUUUUCGUGCUGCUGCUCGAUCAGCUAGCUCGACAGUCCGAGGCACAGAGGACGAGGCGUCGCUCCAAUAGCAAUGAGGUGACAUCACGCACCAGCACGAGCACUCGAAGAUCGGCGGUGCAGUCGCGCAUUGUCAGCGGCACUUCCAGCUCGAGUUCGAGCAAUCGUCGCAAUCGACGAAGCCGCAGCGGCAGACGCAAGAGGAGCCUCAAUAGCAGGAGCAGCCGCAACAGGAGCCGAAGCGGAAGGAGCUCUCGCAAUCGCAAUCGUAGAAGCAGUAGCUCCUCUUCCUCUACCUCCUCCCCGAGCAGCGUCUCGUCGCGCAUCGUCGACAACAGCGUCCAGGCUCGCAUCGUUGACGGAUCCUCGACGUCCAUCAGCAAAAUGCCUUACCUGGUGCAAGUGCAUCGUGGCUCCGAUGCUCUGUGCGGUGGCUCACUCAUUGAAACCAAUUGGGUGCUCACUGCUGGUCACUGUGUCCAUGGCUACAGUGCCUCCGAUUUCUAUGUGGUUGCCGGCACCUCGACGCUCAAUGGCACGGAUGGUGUCUCGUCUAGUGUUAGCUACGCUGCUGUGGCGCCAAAAUUCACCACCAAGAAGAUGAACAUGGAUGCUGCGCUACUCAAGCUGGACACAGCUUUGUCGGGCACGAAUGUGGCAACCAUUUCCUUGGCCACUCACCGUCCUAGGGCGGGAGCUUCCUUGCUCAUUGGUGGUUGGGGUGCCACCAAAGAGGGCGGUAGUGCGGUGAAGCAGCUGAGAUCCACCCGAGUUACGGUCGUCAGACAGAGCAAAUGCAAGAAGGACUACAAAGGUUCGUCGGCCAUCACAAAGUACAUGUUCUGUGCCGGUGGCAAUCACAAGGACACCUGCAGUGGCGACUCUGGUGGCUCGGUGGUUAAGAAUAAGAAACUCUUUGGCAUCACUUCCUUUGGCUUGGGCUGUGCCAGAGCCAACUAUCCGGGUGUCUACACUAAUGUGGCCGCCAUACGUAGUUGGGUCAACACAACUAUUGCUGAUAAUUCGUAA